CAGCUUGUGCUGUUCCUGAAUUAAGCGGCGUUUAUGAUGACGUCGCAGGGCGCGAGGCGGUUCCGGCGGGCUCGCGCGGGUGGCGCGUGAGGAUGGAGCGUUGGACGGCGGUGCGCUUCGCCGCCUUCAGCAGGGCGCUCAGUCUGGCGCUACAGGCAGCUUUCAAUGCCGUCGUUCCAGACCAUGCAGCAGACGCUUUCAGCCCACCACGAACGGAGCAGCCUCUGCUCCUGGACCCUUUGGUGGAGAUGCUCUUCGGAGGCCUGUCCCACUGGGAUGCCGAGCAUUUCCUCUUCAUCGCCGAGCACGGCUACCUCUACGAGCACAACUUUGCCUUUUUCCCGCUGUUCCCUCUGUGCCUGCGAGCCGUGUCCAUCAGCCUCCUCUGGCCCCUGUGUGGUUGGCUCUCGAGGCACGGGCAGCUGCUUGUGUCAGCGGUACUGGUCAACAGUGUACUCUCUGUGCUGGCCGCAGUUGCGCUGUACUCGUUGAGUUGCCAUGUGUUGCAGGAGCGUCGUCUGGCCCUGCUCUCCAGCCUCCUCUUCUGUUUGACGCCAGCCAACGUCUUCCUGGCUGCUGGCUACUCCGAGAGCCUCUUUGCUGCACUUGUGUUUGGGGGCCUGUGGAUGUUGGAGGAGUCCCACUUGCCGGGGGCCAGUGUGGUCCUUGGCCUGGCCACUGCCGCUCGAGCAAAUGGCCUGGUCAACGCUGGCUUCCUGUUGUACCUGCCUCUGCAGCGCACACUUGCUCAGGCCUUGGUCGUCAGCAGUGGGGCCAGGGGCGCUGCAUGGGGUCGACGUUAUUUCAGCUGUUUCCUUACAGCUAGCUUUGGCGUCAUCUGCGUUGUCUUUCCCUUUGCUGCUUUCCAGUAUUAUGGCUAUCGCACGUUCUGUACACCCUCUAUGCAACUGGAGCAAGUUUCCCCAACACUCCUUGAUCUGGCCCAAACUAAAGGAUACAGGGUCCCAGAUGCUAGAGGGCCCUUGCCGAUGUGGUGCUCAUCGCAUCUCCCUUUGCUUUACUCUUACAUCCAAGAUGUUUACUGGGACGUGGGAUUCCUGCGAUACUUUCAGCUGAAGCAGGUACCCAACUUCUUGUUGGCGUUACCUGUGGCUGUGCUGGGUGCUGCGGCAACCUGGAGCUAUGCUUCUGCCAAUUGGAGUCUCUGCUUACGGCUGGGGCUCUGGGGGGGUGAGCUAAAGAGGCAAGCAGACACUCCAACCCCUGGAUUCCACAACCCAAAGGUGUUUGUGUACCUCGUCCACUUCACCUUCCUCCUGGGGUUUGGCGUGUUUUGCAUGCAUGUGCAGGUUGUAACCCGGUUUUUAGCAUCCUCUUCUCCUGUGCUCUACUGGUUCUGUGCCCACCUUCUCCUGCGUUACGAACCACUGCUGCAGGACGAUAGACUGUUUGCUGCCAAUGAGGGGCAGCUGGAGCAGAAGUACCAGUGGCCCAGCGUCUCUAGCAUGGCACUGAGGGCUGUACCCUGUAACCCCCUAACCACACUGUUGCUCCAUAGACAGGCUUGGUGCCCACUCACCCGCUGGCUGCUGGGAUACUUUAUCUCCUACUGGCUGCUGGGCUUGUUACUUCACUGUAACUCAUUACCAUGGACCUGAGGACAUGGACUGGGAAGCCUCUCAGGCAGUAUUUCUGCAGUCUAAUGUUCAGAGGAACUGUGUACAGUAUCAUUUUAACACGCUGGAAUUCACACGAGUACAGAAAAAGCCAGUGUGUGAAAUCAGUUGCCUGCUGUAUAAAUAGGGGAGAUGAAAACAGAUUAAGAAUGGAAUUUCCUCAGAAGGAAUGUGUUUCUGCCCUCAUUGUGCCCACAGACUGCAAUUGUGGCGGACAACUUAAUUCGGGCAUGUUUUUACUGUCUUCAAAUGUGCGCUGUAUUUUUAUUAGAAAUCGCACAGUUUGACAAAAUAUCUUUAACACUGCUGUGCUUUUGCUCAUUUACAGAACACGAGUACAUGUAAGUUAACACUGCUAAGUAGUAAAACAAUGCUACACAUGUAGGUUAAUACAGAACAACAUUGGCCAGCAUUAUCCUUUUACCUACCAACUUGGUUCAACCUGUGGCUGGGCACUUAAAUUAUAAUUGUAAUUUCACCUGAAUCACUAAGGUGCUAGUUUGUAUAUGUUUCAGUAUUUUUUCAAGAAACACCAUCAUUAAUAAUUUUUAAAUAAAAAUAUGAAAAAGUAUAAUUUUGUUUUUCAGUGUUCAAUUGUGAGUUAAAAUGUGACCCUCUAUCUAGGAAGGUGCCUGUGGGGAUAAAAAGUGUUUUGCAGUGAGACAUGGCCACAAACAAGGAGCAAAGUAUCUGAAGAAUGUAUACCAGUGUGCAGAAUUUUGAAGACCAUUUAUACACACCUUACUGCCUACUGGUUAAUUAUGUAAGAUGAAAAAGCAAGAUGUCAGAAUCUCAACAGUUCCAUAAUCUGUAUUAGACAAGGCUUUAUUUUUAAACUUGGGCAUUUGCCUUUUCUAAUAAAAUAGUUUUAUCAGGUGUAAUGUAAUUGGCAAAUGUACAGGAACAAA